AGCCUCCUACAUCAGAGCACAGGCAUGGCUUGUAAACACACGUGACAAGUGCUGUUAGUGUGCUUUCUGUCAGUGUCACUCCUCGGGUGUUAGAUGCUAGGGGGAAUUUAGCUGGUCGACCACGCCAUUUGUUAUAAAGACAAAUACGAUCCGCCGACUGGACCAAAUCGCUCCUAGAAGUAUAGAAAUCCUCCGUUGAAACAUGAUGUCUGUAUUGGGAAGGGCGACUCGGCUCAUUCAAUUUGCCAGGUGCAGUAACGCCGUAAGCCUGUGUGUUUCGACUCCUCUCAGAAGACAGUCUAGUAGUGCAACCGUUGCAGCCUUCGCCCAGCCAGCCUCCACAGCGACCCCAGAAGCGGUAGAAAACAGAAAGCCCAAAACGGGGAUCCUAAUGAUGAACAUGGGAGGACCUGAGAAACUGGACGAUGUUCACGAUUUCCUGCUGCGCCUCUUCUCCGACACCGAUCUAAUGAAGCUUCCUGUUCAGAAUCGACUUGGGCCGUUCAUAGCGAAGAGGCGUACCCCUAAGAUCCAGGAGCAGUACAGCCGGAUCGGAGGUGGCUCUCCUAUCAAGGCCUGGACCACCAUGCAGGGGGAGGGCAUGGUCAAACUGCUGGAUGAGAUGUGUCCGGAAACAGCUCCUCAUAAAUUCUACAUCGGGUUCCGCUACGUGCAUCCUCUGACGGAGGAGGCUAUUGAGGAGAUGGAGAAGGAUGGAGUAGAGAGAGCAGUGGCUUUCACCCAGUACCCACAAUACAGCUGUUCUACCACAGGCAGCAGUCUGAACGCUAUCUACCGAUACUACAGCAGCAGAGGAGACCGGCCUAAGAUGAGGUGGAGUGUCAUCGACCGCUGGCCCACACACCCCCUAUUGGUCGAGUGUUUCUCCCAGCAUGUCCUCAACGAGCUGCAGAUGUUUCCCCCAGAGAAGAGGGACGAUGUGGUUAUCCUGUUCUCAGCUCACUCGCUACCCUUGUCUGUGGUGAACAGGGGAGAUCCAUACCCUCAGGAGGUUGGGGCCACUGUGCAGAGAGUCAUGGAGAGACUAGGGCACUGUAAUCCUUACCGUCUGGUCUGGCAGUCCAGGGUCGGUCCUAUGCCGUGGCUGGGCCCUCAGACAGAUGAUGUCAUCAAAGGUCUAUGUGAACGGGGGAAGAAAAACCUGCUGCUGGUCCCCAUCGCCUUCACCAGCGACCACAUCGAAACACUGCAUGAGCUGGACAUCGAGUACUCUCAGGUGCUGGGAGAGGAGUGUGGCGUAGAAAACAUCAGAAGGGCUGAAUCUCUGAAUGGAAACCCAAUAUUUUUCCAGGCUCUGGCAGACCUGGUCCAAACCCACCUGAGGUCAGACGAGUCCUGCUCCCGUCAGCUCACCCUGCGCUGCCCACUGUGUAUCAACCCCACCUGCGGAGAAACCAAGGCCUUCUUCGCUAAUCAGAAAUGACCCUCUUCCUCCUCAACCAUUUUCUAGUGUUGCAAACUGCAGAUAACUAUCCCCCCCCCAAAAAAAAGUCCUGAUUUCCCUGAAAUCCUAUUUGAAGGAUUCUGGACUUCCUACUUAUUUCUUCCUUAUUCCUGGAUACUUCCAAGCGGGAUUUCUAGAACAGCUGGGAAUUCUGAGUCCCCUACCUUCUACCCAUCUGUUACUACGGGACAGAGCACACAUUUCUAAGUAACUACCAGAAGAAGAAGCAGACAAACUAGGAAAGAAGCUGUCAGUACGCAUCGCAUUAAAGCUAUAAGACGAGUAGAGUUGCACUUAUUUUGUCCCGUCCCCUGUCCCCGUCCCCCCCCGCCACUCGCAUUCCAUCCGUUGAAUUCCUGGAAAACUAUGUCCAUUCAUCCCUCUUUCCAGGAAGAUAAACUGGACUGUAUCCUGUCUCACCUGGUGCUUGUCCAGUUGGUUUGUACGUCAUGCUCAGGGACUGUAGCGAAGCGUGUGUCCCCCAUCCCCUCAUCCCAUUCUGGUAUGUCAUCCACAGUGUCUCUUUGAGAACCUCUCUGAAGCCUGGUGGACUGUCCCCUGCUUUGAGACCCUCUCUGAAGCCUGGUGGACUGUCCCCUGCUUUGAGACCCUCUCUGAAGCCUGGUGGACUGUCCCCUGCUUUGAGACCCUCUCUGAAGCCUGGUGGACUGUCCCCUGCUUUGAGACCCUCUAUCUCCUCUCGGCCUCUAGAGAAUCCCUGCUUCCAUCUUUGUAGAGGCACUGCUCAUCCAGAGUUGAUGCUCUUACCUUUCCCACCCAGCAGCCUCCUCUGACCUCUCACCUCUCCGCUGACCUCUAAUCUCUUAUAGGGAACCAUAAUCCCUGGUUAAACUUCCACAAAGUGCUGAUGCACAUCUUGGCCCUGCAUGAGUCCCUGUCUCUCCCCGGCUGGCCUCUCACCUCCCUUCUGCAGUGUCCCCCAUCCCUGUCUCUCUCCCCGGCUGGCCUCUCACCUCCCUUCUGCAGUGUCCCCCAUCCCUGUCUCUCUCCCCGGCUGACCUCUCACCUCCCUGCUUCAGUGUCCCCCAUCCCUGUCUCUCCCCGGCUGACCUCUCACCUCCCCCAU